AUGGAAAGCGACAUUGGGCUCCAUUACAUUGGAAUUGAUGUAGGCACUGGCAGUGCGCGUGCCUGCGUCAUUGAUUAUCAGGGCAAUAUUGUCGGUCUCGCUUCCCAAAGCAUCAAAACAUGGCAACCACACCCGGAAUUCUACGAGCAAUCAACUGCAGACAUCUGGAGUAGCAUUUGCACGGUAGUCAAGCAAGCUAUUCAAGAAGGAGACGUACCACCAUCCAGUAUCCAAGGUCUUGCUUUCGAUGCCACAUGCUCUCUGGCUGUGUUCAACAAAGAGACCAACAGUCCAGUCUCUGUGAGUGGCUCGGGAGGCAGUGGCGACCAGAACGUGAUUCUAUGGCUGGACCACCGCGCAGUGGCAGAGACGAAGACCAUUAAUGCGACCGGUCACCCUGUGCUCCAGUAUGUGGGAGGCGGCAUGUCAGUCGAAAUGGAGAUGCCCAAGAUCCUUUGGCUGAAGAACCAUAUGGAUGCGAGCAAGUUUCGGGACUGCGAGUUCUACGAUCUGGCAGAUGCCCUCACCCAUCUAGCGACCGGAGAAAAGGCUCGAAGCUACUGCAGCGUAAUUUGCAAGCAGGGCUAUCUUCCAGCCGGCACAGACUACGGCGAAGAGGGGUGGCAGCUGGAUUUUCUGAAGCAGAUUGGCCUUGGGGAUCUUGCCACCGACAAUUAUUCUCAAAUUGGUGGUAUAAAUGGCAAGAACGGCCAAUAUCUUAGUGCGGGCCAGCGCGUUGGACCUCUGAGUGAAAAGGCGGCUAUGGAGUUAGGGCUCUCACCCGGCAUCGCUGUUGGUAGCGGAGUCAUUGACGCCUACGCAGGCUGGAUAGGCACAGUUGGUGCCAAAGUUGACCUUGGACUGGAUGGUGCAAUCGACGACAGAGAACAUGUUUCGCACCGGUUGGCAUUAGUUGCUGGAACAUCCACCUGUCACCUGGCAAUGACGAAUAAUGAGUUAUUCGUUCCCGGGAUCUGGGGCCCGUAUCGGGAUGUCCUUUUCUCUGGGGCGUAUGUUGUUGAAGGAGGCCAGUCGGCAACCGGUGAACUCAUCCGACAUGUUGUUGAGAGCCACCCCGCAUACUCGACAGUAGCCACAGAAGCAAAGAAUGCUGGAAUUUCAAUUUACGAUUUUCUGAACGACUACCUGCGUGAAGAGGCAAAGCAUAGCGGAUAUGCCCAUGUGUCUGAACUGGCUAAGCAUUUCUUUUUCUACGGUGAUCUCUGGGGCAAUCGCUCACCCAUUGCCGACCCGCAAAUGAGCGGCGCGGUCAUUGGGCUGAGAAGUGACGCCUCCACGAAAAGUCUCGCUCUCCAUUACUACGGUGUCUUGGAGUUUAUAGCGUUGCAAACACGUCAGAUUGUGGAUACUAUGAAUGAACACGGGUAUCAAAUCUCGACGAUUUUCAUGUCCGGGUCACAGACACUCAACGACCUCCUGGUUCGCUUGAUUGCGUCUUGUUGCAAGAUGCCAGUUAUUGUACCGAAAUAUGUCCAUGCUGCUGUCUGUCACGGUACUGCUAUGCUGGCAGCUAUGGCGGCCAGUGAGGGAUCCGGGAAGGAAUCAAAGGAUCUGUGGAGUAUCAUGAGCCAAAUGAGCAAGCCUGGCCGACGGGUGGACCCCACGGCUGACGCAAAUGAGCAAAGGCUCCUCCAGGCCAAAUAUGAGGUGUUCUUGGACAUGUGUUUUAAGCAGCGAGAGUAUAGGGACCUGAUAGAUAAACGAAUAUCCGCGGUAGAGUAG